CAGAGUCAUGGAGACCCCCACCCUGACUGCCUUACCCUCUGAGAGUCUGCUGCUGGACCGCCUCCACCCCAACCCCAUGUACCAGCGCCUGCCCCUACUGCUUAACUCCAAGCUGAUGGCUCUAGAGUACCCCAGGAACAACAUCGAGUACGUCAGGGACAUCGGAGAGGGGGCCUUCGGACGGGUCUUCCAGGCCAGAGCCCCAGGUCUCCAGCCCAUAUCAACGAUCCAUUUCACCAUAAGUGUGUGUGUGCGGUGGAGGAAACCCAUGUGUCGUGCAUGUUUGGAGUACAUGGUCUUACGGAGAAGCGCUGAACGUGAGAGCCUGCCGCCGCCGCCUGUAGCACCACCAGCAACACAGCUGACCAGGCCCAGCCUACAGACGCAGCUUCUCCUCCGAACUGGAGGUGUGGCCCAGGCUGCUGCUGCGGAAGAACAGGCUUUUGACCACCCCAACAUCGUCAGGCUGCUAGGUGUGUGUGCGGUGGGGAAGCCCAUGUGUCUGAUGUUUGAGUACAUGUCUUACGGAGACCUGAACGAGUACCUGCGCCGCCGUAGCCCCACCCAGCAACACAGCCUGAGCCAGGCCAGCCUAUCAGGACGCAGCUUCUCCUCCGAACUGGAGUUGGGGCCACUGUGCUGCGAAGAACAGCUGUUCAUAUCCAAGCAGGUGGCGGCGGGCAUGGCGUACCUGUCAGAACGUAAGUUCGUCCACCGCGACCUGGCCACCCGGAACUGCCUCGUAGGAGAGGAGAUGGUGGUUAAGAUCGCCGACUUCGGUUUAUCCAGAAACAUCUACUCUGCUGACUACUACAAGGCCAAUGAGAACGAUGCCAUCCCCAUCCGCUGGAUGCCCCCAGAGUCCAUCUUCUACAACCGUUACACCACGGAGUCGGACGUGUGGGCCUACGGGGUCCUUCUCUGGGAGAUCUUCUCCCACGGCAUGCAGCCGUACUACGGCAUGGCCCAUGAAGAGGUCAUCUACUACGUUAGAGACGGCCACAUCUUGGCCUGCCCUGAUAACUGUCCUGUAGAGCUGUUCAAUCUGAUGAGACUGUGUUGGAGCGGACACCCCACAGACAGACCCAGCUUCAGUAGUAUCCACCGCAUCCUGGAACGUAUUCAUGAGCAGACGUUGAGACCGGCCAUGCCGACGCCAGAGUUAAGGCCGUCUUUAUCCACUCUACCAACCCCAGAGUUAAGACCCAAUCUAUCCACCCUGCCAUACCUGGAGUUAAGACCCACUCUAUCCACCCUGCCAACCUUGCCUGCCCURCCUAACCUAUCUCCCUUUUCCCCCCACCCUGCCCUGUGCCCUGUGCCCGGGGCCGUAGCCAAUUGAUUGAUACGGCAAGCUGCCAGGCAUUUACUCAAAUGUACAGUCAUUAGUGAUUUUAAUAGAUCCUGUCCCUCCCCAGAGCUAAGAUCUCUAGGAUCCUGUCUCGUCUCGGACUCAAAUAAUGUUGGUCAGGACAGGGGGCACCAUUGUUCAACUGAUUCAUGGUGAAGAAGACCGGCGAUGGUAGACAUUAAUGUUGUUGGCCAGGACAGGGGGCACCAUUGUUCAACUGAUUCAUGGUGAAGAAGACCGGCGAUGGUAGACAUUAAUGUUGUUGGCCAGGACAGGGGACACCAUUGUUCAUAUCAACUGAUUCAUGGUGAAGAAGACCAGCGAUGGUAGACAUUAAUGUUGUUGGCCAGGACAGGGGACACCAUUGUUCAUAUCAACUGAUUCAUGGUGAAGAAGACCGGCGAUGGUAGACAUUAAUGUUGUUGGUCAGGACAUGGGGCAGCAGACUGAUAUAAUGACAUGAACUAAGUCUAGUGCCAAGACACCUGGGUAUUUAGGAGAGGCUGAUAUAAGUCUAGUGCCAAGACACCUGGGUAUUUAGGAGAGGCUGAUAUA